CCUCUUCCUCUUGGUGAUCUUCACGCCCCACUACGCUGUCAGCAAGACAAGGGCAAGAAGACAGGCGGACUUGGCCUCUCACAAGGCGCCGAGAUGAGCAGCAGCAGAGUCUCUUCCGCAGCCGCUGGCCCCAGCAGCAGCAGUAGCAAGAUCGAGGCGAAGCCCAAGGACGCACAGGACCUCAAGCUCACCGUUGGCUCGCGGGUCAUCAUAUGCCAAGAUACGAAGCUCAGCGGCGAAAUUUCUAUUGCCUCCGGCUGUGUCCUUCACCCCCUCAGCUCCCUCCAAGCUCUCGGCGGUCCCAUCAUCCUCGGUCCCAAUUGCCUCCUCGAAGAAAACGUCAACAUCAUAAACUCCUCCACCACCGGUCAGACUCUCACCAUUGGUGUCGGCAACCUCUUUGAAGUGGGAAGUAGAGUGGAGAUGCUUAAAGGGGGUGUGGUACGGAUUGGGGAUUGGAACUCCUUUGAGAUCAAGGCGAGGGUGAUUGCUAGGAGAGGGGAGAUCAAGCUAGGCGAUUGGUGCAAGGUUGGAGUGGGAGUGUGCCUCGAGGAUGAUAGGCCUGGUAUGGGAGCAGGUGCCAAGCCGACGCAGGAGGAGCUCGAGGCUGCCCUACGUGUUGGGCUUGACGAAGACGAGGAGGGGCCUGAAGGAGCAGGGAGGGUCUCAGAAGGCGAGGGCGGCGAGGCGGAUCUGGCAAAGAAGAUGAGCAGGCUAGCUCUCCCUGCUCAAACACUCUCACGAAGACCAAGCGCUAGCAGUGUCGCCACCACACCGAUUCCAGAGGAAGACGAAGAAGGCAGCGGUGAGCCCACGAGCACGGCUCCCCCUAGCCUCGACAAUAACACAGCUACUGCGACGAACGACCCGGCACCCAGCUUGGCGAUCCCAAAUUACUCUGUUCUCCACUCGGCCGAGCCCGGUUCGGAUGGACGGGCAUGGAAGACACGUCAGUGGAGUGGAGAGGGGAUCGUACAGGAUGAGGCUUCUUUCACGAAGCACCUCGAGUACCUUAGAGAAGUGCUUCCCCGGCAAAACAAGCUGAGAAAGAUCUAGACUAGACUGACUGUCACCCAAGACCAUCAAUAUACCCGCUUUGAGAGAAAGCGUCAAAAGGAGAGACUCGUCAGAUCCCAUGUAGCUACUACUGCUUCGCUCGCGUCAAGAGCAAGAGCAAGAGCUCUUCCCUUCCUUGUCGUCGGUCACGAAUAUCCAUUGAGUGAUAUAGCAAAAGGUAGUGCAACAAUGAAGGUCACUUGUCGCACCACUGCCCUAAAGUCUCAGAGCGCGGUAUGAGCGACUCUGGAGGUAGGGAGGCGAGUGUCAAAAGAGGUGGGAUCUGCAUUUAGCUCGAGAACUUCCUGUUGGGGUUGGCACCGAACAGGUCUAGCCGGAUCUCGGGGAGCA